AUGGCUGUAAAAGUUAUUGUAGUGGCAGCACUGAUUUGUGCCGUGAAUUGUAAACCACUGGACGCUGAUAAUGACAUUGCAGCGAGUGGCCACGAACUGUGGAAAAGAUUUGUCAACCCGUCACCAAUGUACGGAGAUUUUGCAGACAAUGGAUUAAAUAAAAUACGAACCAAGAGAAGCUUGGAAGAGGAAUGCGAAAAAUUGCAACUGUGCAAGCUGCACGCUCGCUCCAGGUACAGCUUCUUUGCCGCGUACGAGCUCUAUUUUGUUAACAAAGAAAAUGCCAAGUUGUGGGACCAUCAAGCCCGCUCAGUCGCAGAAUGUGAAAAUCGAUUUAGUGGCUGCUACAGAUAA